AUGGUAGACCAACCAACGAAAUCCCUCUUGGAGUACGGUAUUCCUGAUACGACUACCGGAGUCCUUUCAAGCAUCAUAAGACCACCAGUCACGGCUCAGCACUUCGAGCUCAAGCCACAGUUCAUACAGUUCAUCUCCAAUGAUUCAUUCGCAGGGCUACCACAUGAUUGCCCCGUAAGUCAUAUAGAUAACUUUCUGGAGAAAUGUGAUACUAUGAAGUUGAAUGGUGUUACAGAUGAUGCAAUCAGACUAUGCCUUUUCCCCUUCUCACUUCGAGACAGGGCAAAGGAGUGGUUAAGAGAUGAAGGCACUGGCUCGUUCGAUACAUGGGACAAGUUAGUGAAGGCCUUCCUAGUGAAGUUUUUAGGGAAUGAGAAGACUGCAAGAUUGAGGAAUGACCUACAAACUUUUAAGCAGUCAGAUGAUGAGUCUCUCUAUGAGGCUUGGAGAAGAUUUAAAAGAUUGCAGAGACAAUGCCCUCACCAUGGCAUUCCAGAUUGGAUUUUGAUGCAGACCUUUUACAAUGGCAUGACUCAUGAGUUCCGUAUUUACAUAGAUGCUGCGUCAGGAGGUUCUCUCUUGACAAAGAACCCCACUGAAGCUAGGGAGCUCAUAGAGAAGAUGGCGGCUAAUGAUAACUAUCAUCCUGGAGGCCGAAACACUGUGAAAAAGGGAGGUAAACUUGAUGUUGAUGCUUUAACUAUGCUAACUAGAUCUGUGCAGGCACUAACAAGCAGGUUUGAUAAGUUCCAAGCAGGAACUUCUAACACCCCACAGGAGUUGUGUCAGUUAUGUAAUGUGCUGGGUCAUGUUGCUCCAGAUUGCCCACAGAUUUCGCAGAAUACGGAAGAGAUGUCAAUCGAGCAAGCCAAUGCUUUCUACUCCUCCAACCCAAAGAGACCUUAUGACCCUUAUUCCAACACCUACAAUGAAGGAUGGAAACACCAUCCUAACUUCUCAUACAAAAAUUCCCAAGCACAACAAAACCCUCCACCACCACCUCCACCCAACACCUACAACCAACCACCACCUGGUUUCCAACAGAAAACAACCAAUGCCCAACAACCAAUGCAACAACAACCUCAGAAAUCAAGCCUAGAGGUGACAUUAGAGAGCUUUAUAACCGCAACAAACAAUGCCAUCCAACAUCAAAAUAGCUCUAUCCAACAGUUGCAGGCUCAGGGUAAACUUAUGGAGAAUCAGAUAAGCCAAUUGGCCAACCAAUUUAGCCAAGCCCUAAAGACUCCAGGAACCUUCCCGGGCCAGACUGAACAAUCUCAAAAAGGCCAAAUGAAUGUCGUCACCCUGAGGAGUGGAAAGCAGUUGGAAGAUCCUCCUACCAAGGAGCCAUCAAGAGAGGUCAUUGAAGAAGUGAGUGCAAGUGAGAAGGAAGUGGAGGAUGCUAGGGUCGAGGAAGCAUCAAAGGAAGCACCACCAAAGCCACCUUCUCCAUAUAUGCCUAAGGUUCCUUUUCCUCAAAGAUUAGCACAAGCUAAACUUGAGAAAAAGUUCAGUAAGUUCCUCGAUGUUCUUAAAAAGCUUCAUAUUAAUAUUCCAUUCCUAGAUGCCAUAUCUGAGAUGCCUUCUUAUGCAAAAUUUUUAAAAGAUAUGCUAUCUAACAAGAGGAAAUUAGAAGAGAAUACUACAGUUGCUUUGAAUGCAGAGUGCAGUGCUAUUUUGCAGAACACUCUCCCUGAGAAAUUAGGAGAUCCAGGUAGCUAUUCAAUUCCAGUGAAGCUUGGAGAUAUUGAGAUCAACAUGGCACUAUGUGAUCUAGGUGCAAGUGUGAGCCUCAUGCCACUGUCUAUAUGCAAGAAGCUGCAGAUGGGUGAACUCAAACCCACACGCAUAUCUCUGCAACUUGCAGACAGGUCAGUGAAGUUUCCUUUGGGUGUACUUGAGGAUGUACCCCUCCGAGUAGGUAAGUUUUUCAUCCCAUGUGAUUUUGUUAUGAUGGAGAUGGAUGAGUAUGUGAAUGUUCCUAUCAUACUAGGUAGACCUUUCUUAGCUACUGUAGGUGCAAUUAUAGACAUGAAGAAAGGUAAGAUUACUUUUGAAGUAGGUGAUGAGAAAUUGGAAUACUCACUUUUGAAUGUUAUGGGUGCUCCUUCUAUGGGAGACACUGUUUGUCAGGUUGAUGUGCUCGAUGAGCUGCAGAAUGAGCAACUUCUCUUGAAUCAGAAUGAUGAUGCUCUUGAACAAGUGCGAUUAGGGAAGGAAGAUGAUAAUGGAGAUUAG